AUGACACGAUCUUUUAAAAUUAAUAAAUAUAAUAUUGUAGAAUUAGUAAAAAUAAAGAUUCCAAAAGAAGAUAAAGGAAAAACUAAUAGAACUUAUUUACCUUAUAAAAUAAUUAAUUCUAGUGGAAAUGAUAAACAUUUAGAAAUAUUAAAUACAUAUAUUUCUAAAUUAGAAGAAAUACCAAGAAAACAAAUUUCUCUUAGAAAAGCUGCAAGAUUACAAUCUACUUUACAAAAUGAAUCACAAAUACACUUACAAGUUGUUGAAAAAAAAUUUGAAGUAACUUGUAAAUGUCCUAAAAUAACUUGUGAUACUUUACAUUAUCCAUGUAAAAAGUUAAACAGAAAAUGUAAUUUAACUUGUCAUUCAGAAAAUAAUGUUCAAAUUUAG